AUGUGUAUGCCAUUGCAGUAUGGUGGCGUUUCUUCGAUUUUAACUGUACAUAUAGUGUCACCUGUACGAACAACAACAAAAUGUGUAUGUAAAUUAUUCUGACAAUUUUAACUAGCUUUUAAACGUGAAAGUGGGACCAUGCCACGGAACAAAUUCCACCAAGUUGGUGCUGUCUGACGACCCUUUGGCGUAUUCCAAUAUAUAAGGAGAUACAAGUUGACCGACACGAUACAGUCAUGGGGGACCAGACAAAUCAUAUACAUGAGAAACCGUCUGAGGAUGGAAAACAGGUUUUCGUUGGAACGACCUUCCUGCCUCUCCUACCCCAUAAAUCGGGAAACGUCGGCACUUCCCGUAAUCGGCUACAUUUUGGUAAACUGGACCCGCGCCCAUUGAUUCGCCAACGAGGUAUCACCCGCGAUGCCAUAGUGAUAGCACGGAGAAAAAGCGAGCUUGCGUUGCCUGCCUCGAGAGACACGCUUAUUUACCCAUCCAAACCAUAUCAACAACCUCCUCCAGCUUUAGUGUCCGACAAAUAUGAUGAUUCGGAUGUUUCAGAAGAGUUGUAUAUUUCGGAGGAUACUGCGCCCCCUACUCCGAUAAAAAGGACAACGGAAGUGAGUGGGUUGAAGGCAUACCUGACAGCAUGCAAAACAUACAGCCUCGUUCCCAUAACUAAAUUCAAGCGACAACUUGAAGGUGAAAUGGUUUCGCUAAAGAACCACAAUAUCCAAGGAAACACCGCCAAGGCCAUCGCGCUAGCAUUGGAGUCAAGCUACAGCAUCACCAACGUUGACCUGGAAGGCAGUUUUCUAGGACCAAUCGGCGCCAUUUACAUAGCUGACAUCUUAAAUAACAGUCAUAACAUCACGGUAUUGAACCUGAGCGGGAACAAGCUGAUGUCACGUGGUCUUCAGGUUAUAGUGGAAACCAUGCAGAAAAACACAUCACUUCUGUCGCUUGAUUUGUCCGAUAAUAGUUUCACAGACAAGGAUACCAGCUGUCUGAAAGACCUCUUACUGUCUAGCUGUGUUCUGCGGGAGUUGAACCUGUCGAAGAACGGAUUUGAGGACAGUGGCGGCGUUCUCAUCGCCCAAGGACUGGCUCAAAAUAAAACGAUAAAAAAACUGAACCUCAGCUGGAACCAUCUGAGAAGAAAUGGAGCAUAUGCCAUCGGACAGAGCAUAAAGACUAACACUAAAUUGGAGGUCCUAGAUGUUUCAUGGAAUGGAUUUGACGUUCCUGGUUGUCAUGGUUUCAGUCAAGGUCUAGAUGCUAAUACGUCACUCCGAGAAUUAAACAUAAGCUCGAACAGAAUUGGACCCAAAGGCGUGGCCAAACUCCUGGAGGGCCUCAAGCGGAACACCACGCUGGCCUGUCUCAAGCUUGCUGAUAAUCCUCUAGGCCCUAACGGAGCGUUGGCGGUGUUGAACGCUGCAAUGAAAUCUCACAGCAUCGAGGAGCUAGAUUUCGGGAACCAACCGGUGACGGCGGAGUUCGAAGACCUUCUAACAAAAAUCCAGGCUGGCAGGGAUAUAAAAGUGCGCUAUGGAAAAGAACCAUCUAAAGCUAAACGGGAAGUUUGUGAUGAAACUCUGUACAUUGCCGGGAAUCCUCUUAUUAUCCUCUUUGAAUUCAUUCGUAUGAAGAAACUGGACAUCCUAAAUCUGUUUAAGACCCUCGAUGCCGACAGUAACCAUUCUAUAUCAUGGGAAGAAUUUAGGAUUGGAGUAAAGAAAAGCCACAUACCUGUCCGGCCAAAAGACCUUGAACAGAUGAUUGACAAAAUGGACCUUGAUAAGGACGGAGAAAUAAAUUUUAGUGAGCUGAUUGUUGCUCAGAAGGCCCACAACAUGCAAGCGGAAAAACUGUUGGCCUGGAGUCUAGAUGCCUUCCACGACAGCCCCAUUGGCCAAAUCUAUCGCGAUCUUCAUAAGCGGUGCAGCGAUACAAAUAUCUACCUCAAACAAUAUAAGCUCGUUAAAUGAGUGUCAAUGCAUUAAGUGAUAUUGGUCAUGAAGUUAAGUGACGUGGACAUUAACCUGGGAUUUAAUACACACAUGAAAUAACGCAUCGUCGAUAUCCAGGGGUAACGCUCACUUUCGCUUUAUGCACCCUUGGAAUAUGUCAUAGCAAAAUCGAAGGCUCA